AUCACAAAAACAACUCAAAGCCCAACUUCACAAAUUCUCAAAAUCAAUUCACUAAACCUAGCCCCAAUUCGUAUAAUCCACGAAUCUAAUUCCAUUUUCGUACACUUCUCUCUCCGUCUUCGUACUCUCCUCAGCUGGUCAGGAACAAAAUCCUCCAAUGGCUUCAACAUAUAACACAGAAAACAAGGUAAUCCAUGAUUAUAAUAACCUAAUCUUGUCACUUCCUAGAGAAAAUGGGUGUGAGACUGAAUAUAUGUAUUUUUUUCAUGGAUUUUGGUGUCCAUCAUAUCUUAUCCAAUCUGUCAACACUUUUCAAAAUAAAUUUCAUGCCAAAGACAAUGAUAUUGUUGUUGCAUCUAUGCCAAAAUCUGGCACCACUUGGCUUAAAGGUCUUGCAUAUGCUAUUGUUAAUCGCCAACAUUUUACCUCCUUAGAGAAUAAUAACCAUCCAUUACUAUUAUUUAAUCCACAUGAACUAGUGCCUCUGUUUGAGGUAAACCUUUAUGGUGGUAAAGACAUUCUUUUGCCUCAAAUUGAUGUAUCAAAUAUGAUUGAACCAAGGCUUUUUGGCACUCACAUUCCAUUCCUUUCGUUGCCCAAGUCGGUUAAAGAGUCCAGUUGUAAAAUCAUUUAUAUAUGUAGAAACCCAUUUGAUACAUUUGUAUCAUAUUGGAAUUACAUCAACAAAGUCAGAUCGAAGAAAUCUUUAACCGAAUUAACUUUAGAGGAGUCUUUUGAAAGGUAUUGUAAGGGAAUAUGUUUAUUUGGUCCGUUUUGGGACAAUAUGUUGGGUUACUUGAAGGAGAGUAUAGAAAGACCACAUAAGGUUUUAUUCUUGAAAUAUGAAGACCUUAAAGAAGAUGUUAAUUUUCACAUCAAAAGAAUUGCAGAGUUUGUGGGAUUUCCUUUCACUCAAGAAGAGGAAAAUAAUGGAGUGGUUGAAAAUAUAAUCAAGUUAUGCAGCUUUGAGAGUAUGAAGGAAUCAAAGGGAAAUCAAUCUGAAACUGUAUCAACAAUCUAUGAGAAAAAGUUUUUCUUUCGAAAGGGAGAAAUAGGAGAUUGGGUAAAUUACUUUUCUCCUUCAAUGAUAGAAAGAUUAUCCAAAGUCAUAGAAGAAAAAUUAAGUGGAUCAAACCUAUCAUUUAAAGGUGGCCCUUAACUCUGCUAGAGUUAGUGAUUACAUGCUUUGAUGCUGAUUUAAUGUGUAAUAUGUGGUUGGUGUUUGUACGAUUUUUUUCUUUCUAUAAUUUUCAGAAUAAAGACAUGUUACAUGUCUCAUCAAAAUUACUAUGUGGUAAUCUUAAUUUUUACCCAUGAACUCCAUCGAGAAACAAUUUGAUGGAAAGUAUCAUUGUGUGUAAUUUUACCUGUUGAAUUUAUUUACUUCUUUGCAACUUUUAUUUAGACGAAA